UUAUAAGUUCUAUCUUUCAAUCUUUGUCUGCAUCUUUCUCUCUCUCUCGUCUUUCUUUUCUUUGGUCACUGUCUGUUGUUAAUAUCUGAAACAAAGAAGUAAAAAAAAACAUCUUUCUUCAAGCCGUGUUCUUUUCGCGUAAUCUUAACAGUUGUUAGAUAUUCUUUUUCUGGUCGUUUUGUUCUGAUAAUCAUUUGAUUGACUGAUUCCGUUUUUUCUUUUUUGAUUAAUUAAAUUUUGAUAAAAAAAACGAGGGUCCCUUUCUUCACAAAUUUGAGGUUUUUGUGGUACAGCCUUUAUCCAAUUCUCUUACGACCAAACUUGAUAAGACAUUACUUGUUCUGUAAUAACUCGAGUCGCUUUACUCCGGGGAAAAAAAAAAGUUUCGAAUUUUUGGUCUCAUCUCAAAGCGAAAUUGCUCGAAAUGGUUAUCGGUUUGUAGGGCUCCGAUUGGUUUUAUCAGAGGAAGUAGGGCUGGAAUCAAUUUAGGGGAAAAUUCGAGCUCUGUUAUUGUUUCCGGAUAACAAAAAUGGCGGAAAGGGUAGAAGAAUCAGUAGCAGAAGGAGAAAACACGAUUGAAGAAAGACAAGUAGGAGCUAUGUGGGAUUUAGAGCAGAAACUUGAUCAACCCAUGGAUGAAGAAGCUAAUAGGCUCAAGAACAUGUACAGAGAAAAGGGAUUAUCGAUGUUGAUGCUACUGAGACUAUCAUUCCAAAGUCUAGGGAUAGUUUACGGCGAUUUAGGGACUUCUCCAUUGUAUGUGUUCUACAAUACAUUCCCUGAUGGAAUCACUGAUAGUGAAGAUGUAAUCGGAGCUCUUUCUUUGAUCAUUUACUCUCUUUUGCUUAUACCUCUCAUCAAGUAUGUGUUCAUUGUCUGUAAAGCUAAUGACAAUGGCCAAGGUGGGACUUUAGCGAUAUACUCGUUGCUUUGUAGACAUGCUAAAGUGAAGCUUAUCCCGAAUCAGCAACGCAGCGAUGAGGAUCUCACUACUUAUAGUCGAACUAUCUUCCCUGAAGGGUCUUUUGCUGCUAAAACCAAGAAGUGGUUGGAGAGUAAACACUCCAGGAAGAGAGCUCUUCUCGUCGUUGUUCUCCUCGGGACUUGUAUGAUGAUCGGUGAUGGUAUCUUAACUCCAGCCAUCUCCGUUCUUUCAGCGACUGGUGGGAUCAAACUCAAGAGUCCAGAAAUGAGCGGCGACAUCGUUGUGCUUGUGUCUAUUGUCAUUUUAGUAGGACUGUUCAGUAUGCAACACUACGGUACAGACAAAGUUGGAUGGCUCUUUGCUCCUAUCGUGUUUAUUUGGUUCCUCUUCAUCGGAGGCACUGGAAUAUACAACAUCUUCAAAUACGACACAAGCGUUUUAAAAGCGUUUUCUCCAACAUAUAUUUACUUGUACUUCAAAAGAAGAGGUAGAGACGGUUGGAUUUCGCUCGGCGGCAUUCUUCUCAGCAUAACAGCGUACUGUGGACAAGCUGCGUAUCUUGUGAACAAUACGGAUCAUUAUAAAGAUGCGUUCUAUGCAUCUAUGCCAGGAACUGUGUAUUGGCCAAUGUUUAUAGUAGCUACAGGAGCUGCGAUCGUUGGGAGCCAAGCUACAAUCUCGGGAACGUAUUCGAUAAUCAAGCAGGCCGUGUCUCAUGGUUGUUUCCCUCGAGUCAAGAUUGUUCAUACUUCCAAGAAGUUCCUUGGUCAGAUCUAUUGCCCUGAUAUCAACUGGAUACUCAUGCUCGGCUGCAUCGCUGUCACCGCUAGCUUCAAGAACCAGAGCCAAAUCGGAAAUGCAUACGGGACUGCGGUUGUGCUCGUGAUGCUUGUGACCACAUUACUAAUGGUGCUGAUCAUGCUGCUCGUGUGGAGGUGCCACUGGAUCAUCGUCCUUAUAUUCGCCGUCCUCUCACUCGUGGUGGAGCUUUCGUAUUUCGCGGCCGUGAUCUUCAAGAUAAACGAAGGAGGAUGGGUUCCGUUAAUCAUAGCAGCGAUCUCUCUUGUCGUGAUGUUGGUUUGGCAUUACGCGACAGUCAAGAAAUACGAGUUCGAAGUGCACAGUAAAGUCUCCAUGAGCUGGAUACUUGGUCUCGGUCCUAGCCUCGGGCUUGUUCGUGUCCCUGGGAUCGGGUUAGUCUACACCGAGUUAGCGAGUGGUGUCCCUCACAUCUUCUCUCAUUUCAUCACCAACCUUCCCGCGAUUCACUCCGUUGUAGUUUUUGUCUGCGUCAAGUACCUUCCGGUUUACACCGUCCCUGAAGAAGAGAGGUUUCUUGUCAAGAGAAUCGGACCAAAAACAUUCCGAAUGUUCCGCUGCGUAGCCAGGUAUGGUUACAAAGAUCUACACAGGAAAGACGACGAUUUCGAGAACAAACUGUUGAAUAACCUCUUCUCGUUCAUCCGAAUCGAAACAAUGAUGGAGCCUGCUUCAAACUCAAGCACCUACAGCAGCGCGUAUUCGGUCAACCACACACAAGAGUCGAGAGAUGAGAUGAUCCAUAACAACAACAACAACAACCAGAAUGGCAACAACGAAAACGGUAACAUGGAUAUGUUCUCAUCGAUGGUGGACUACACGGUGUCGACUUUAGACACGAUACAACCCGCUGAUUCACCGCAUAACAACGCGAUGAGUUUCAGUCAGAACAAUACCGUGGAGGAAGAGGAGGAGGACGAGUUGGAGUUUCUAAAGACUUGUAAAGAGUCAGGGGUUGUUCAUAUCAUGGGCAACACUGUGGUGAAAGCAAGAAAUGGAUCAUGGCUUCCCAAAAAGAUAGCCAUUGAUUAUAUUUAUGCGUUUCUUGCUAAGAUUUGUAGGGAGAAUAGUGUUAUCUUACAUGUUCCUCAUGAAACCCUUUUGAACGUUGGACAAGUCUUUUACGUUUAGUUCCUUUUCUCUCCUUUUUUGUAAACCAAUUACAGAUUCAAAAAAAAAAAAAAGGAAUAAAGGAUACUACCGAUUUUUAAGACAAUCC